CGGGCUCAGCGUGGUUUACUCCCUGAGCCCUUGGAGGCGGACGCCGGAUUUAGGACGCUGCCGGGCAGGGUCCGCAGCCAUGUUCCAGCAGGAGGGAACCUGGGAUGUGUCUUUUGCAGGUUCGGGCUUCGUGGGGCUCUACCACGUGGGCGUGCUGGCCUGCCUCAAGGAGCGCGCCCCGCAGCUGCUGCGUGGAGCCCGCCGCUUCUACGGCUCCUCUUCAGGCUCGCUGUGCUGCCUCGCCAUCAUCACCGACAAGUCCAUGGAUUUCUGCUGUUCCAACCUCCUGGACAUAGUCAAGGAAAUCCGGGAGAAAAGCAUCGGCAUCUUCCACCCCUCCUAUGACUGCAUCAGCUUUGUGAAGCGGCGCCUCGAGAAGCACCUCCCUGACAAUGUCCAUGAGUUAGCCUCCCAGAAGGUCGGCGUCUCCCUCACCCGGUGGCCAGAUGGGAAGAAUGUGAUUAUCACCCACUUUGCCACCAGAGAUGAGCUCAUCCAGGCAGUCCUCUGUAGCAUAUAUUUCCCCUUCUACUGCGGCGUCAUCCCACCCCAGUUUCGGGGAGAGCGCUACGUGGACGGAGCUCUGAGCAACAACGUGCCCUUCACUGACUCCAAUGCCACCAUCACCAUCUCCCCCUUCUACGGCUCUGUGGACAUCUGCCCCCAGAGCACCUCGGGCAGCUUGCAUGAGCUGAACCUCUGCAACGCCAGCUUCCAGAUAUGUGUCAGGAACUUCCACAUGGGGUUAAUGUCUCUCUUCCCCCCCGAGCCUGAGGAGGUGGCAGAUUUCUGCAGACAAGGCUACCUGGAUGCUCUGAGGUUCUUGGAGAGUCGAGGUAUUACGAAGGAGGGAGUCAUCACAAGCUUAUGUAAUGGGAUGGCCUCAUCGUCUAGCUCUGUAAUUUGGCCAGCCAGUAGUAACCAAGGAAGAAAUGGUGGUAGUGAGAAAGAAGGAAAAUCUGGAGAACUAUUUUUCAACUGGAAAGUGCCCAAUGUGUUGGUCAGAGACAUAGCACAGUUUGAGCUUCUGUCACCAGAUCUUGAAGCAGCCUUGAAGAAGUCAUGUGAAAGACCCAAUGGAUUCUUUGCCCGAUUUUCCCGAUCGAUACCUGGCCAAGUACUGACCUAUACACUCCUGCCCUUCACACUACCUUUGGAAUAUGUGUACUUUAAAACUAAGAGGAUAAUUAACUGGAUUCCAGAGGCCCCAGAAGAUAUCCGGUGGAUGCAUUGUGAACUCAAGAAAUUUGGGGGGUUUGUUUUCUCUGAAGUGAAAGACAGAUUGCAGGGGUCAGCUUGGUUGCAGAAUUUCUCUUCCCCUGGUUCCUCCAAUGCGAUGCAGUCUCUCCCUCCCCAGUCAGACUUGUGUAAAUAUGAUCACUCCAAGAUGCACAUUUCCUUGGCAGAGAUUGUUUUGCCACCCCAACCACUGAGGGCAUGAGCUGGCUGAUAAGAUAGUUCCUGAAUGGAAAAUGGUGGCAGGAUCUUUGGAAUUACUGUCCUUCCUUCUUUCUCAGUUCCUCCAGCCAUGGCCAGAGGACAGCCAGAGUUGGGAGUGCCUGUCAGGCCUGGCUCCCGGGGAUGCAGGCUGGAUGGACGGUGGGCACAGUUCUCUAAUGUAAGGUGUUCUGGAGCAUACCUUCUGUUCAUUGGGUUUUCUAGGCCUAGGUCUGCCCUCAUUAGGGUUUCAUAGUACUUGGAGGCUGAAAUGGACCUGAUCUGAUGCUUGGAACAUAAGAAGUGUUAAAUAAACACAUAGGUUGGUUAAUGAAUGAAUCUUGUUCUAGUCCCUGAUCCUUCCCUGCUCAUGUCACUCCUCUGCUCACAUUUCCAGAUAGUCUUGACCUACACAAUAAAUUUCAACCCCCUUUGCCUGGCACUCAAAACCCUCUCCUACCUGAUUGAAUAGGAGCUGUCCAGCCUUAUCUUAUGUGAUGCACUCUAGCCAGGUCCUACACAGUUUAGGAAAAACAGAGAUUUUCAAUUUCCCCAGAUAUGUCCUAUGCUUUUCCAACUUACCUGCCUUUAUUAACCCUGUUUCUUAUGCAUGGCAUGCCAGCCCCCAAAUUCUGUUGUUUAAAAACCCAACUCAGAUGUUGUCUCCAUGAUUCCCCCCAGUUAGGGAAAUUACCCCCCUCAACAGAAUGCUUUCUUUGAACCCCCUUUAUAAGAAAAGUCUACAUAGGCACUGCAGCCUUCCUUGAAGAGUACAUUAGGUGGGAGAAGGCAGGCUUUCCACAAACUGCUCUUUUUGAGGCAAUUGGGGUUAAGUGAU